AUAUAUCCUUCAUUGGGCAUGUCUCGCGCAGAUGCAGACUAACUUUACCAGCAGCCAUAUAUGAGAGUAUUUUUGAUGUUACCAACAGUUUUUAAAGUUUAUUUUAAGUGCUACGUUUUUUAUUGUCACCUAAGGCUUGCUAGUAAUAGGAUGUAAUGGUAACGGUAUUUACUAAAUAAUAACGUUGAGGUAUGUAUAAUGGUAUUGGACUUCCAACCCCUCGGGGAUCUGGUACCAAUGGAUAUGUACAGAGAAAUUGGGCUAGUGUGAAGAAAUCCAAAGAUAAAGUUAACUAUAGGACCGAAGAUGAUCUUGAAAAAAUUGAUGCUGCUGGCAAUCGGCAGCCCAAUAGUGAAAUUCUUGAUCAUGAAAGGAAAAGGAAAAUAGAAGUGAAAUGCAUUGAAUUAGAAGAAGUUCUGGAACAGCAAGGUUACCUCCAGGAUGAGAUUGAUGCGAAGGUUGCUGCUUAUCGGACGAUGUUAAUGGAAAAUGACUCUAAACUUGAAGAUCAACCUAGAGAUGAAUAUGGCAGGAUAAUUGUCCGUGAAACUCAUCAGAUUGCUGCUGCUCAACAAGAGAAGAAUGCUAGAUUGCGUGAAGCGUUUGGCAUUACUGAGCACUUCGACGAAAACAGGAAUGGGAGCGAGGCACAAGUUGAUUCUAAGAAAUACCCGAUCCUUCACUCACCAUCCCCCUCGCCUCCCAGAAAACUUGGAGGAGAAUCAAAGAAGGAGAAGAAGAAGAAACAAAAGAAGCAUAAACGAGACAGAACUGAAUCUCCAAGGGUGAAAAAGAAGUCAAAAGAGAAAGAAAAGUCGAGAAAGAAGAAAAAAAGGAAAAAGAGGCAAUCAUCCUCAAGUUCAAGCGAUGACAGCAGUUCGGAAUCUGACUAUGACAGUGAUGAAAGCAGUGGCCAUGAUAAGAAAAAAUCAAACAAAAAAAAAGUCAAUGGGAAAGGUGACGGAAAAGAAAUGAGAUCUCGAGGGCGUAAAAAAUCUGAAAGUGACUCUUCUAGGGAGAGUUCUCCUGAAGUCAAAGGGAAAAGUUCCAAGAAGAAAAGCCAGGAAAAGUCAUCUUCUAAAAAAAGGAGGAGGUCUGAUUCUGAAGAUUUCAAAGCAUCUUCCAAAUCAAAGAAACAAAGAAGUCCAAGCAGGUCACCCCCACCUAAAGAAAAGAAAAAGUUGAAAUCUGGCAAGGGUAAAUCCCCCGAUAAAAAGUAUGUUUCUCCAUCACCAUCUAGGAACAAAACAGAAAGUCAAAAACAUCGUAAGGAUACUUCUUUGAAACGAAAAUACAGUGAUCGAGAAAGUAAGUCUCUUUCUUCGGAUCGAUCUGUCAAAAAGAGGAAGAGCCGAAGCCCUGAAAAAAAGAAAAUAGAUGAGAAGAAGAAAAUAAAAGAUAGUCCAAUCAAGAAAAAAUAUGAAAAUUUUGAAAGUUCUAAAGAAAAAAAACAAAGAUCGUCAAGUAAGAAUAAAAUGAAAAAAGAUAGAUCUUGUAGUAGAGAAGAAAGAAGAUCCACUAGCAAAACCAGUUGGGAAAAACCUGUAUCAUAUGCCAGAAAGAAGGAUCCCAGUCCUAUCAAACAGAAAGAGAUACGGGAAAGUUUAGAAAGGAAGGAUCGAAACAAAGGUAUUAGAGAAUCAAACAGAAAAAGAUCCAGGACUGGCAGUCGAGAUAGGAAAAGUGAAAUCUCCAUAGGUUCAAGAAAGGACAAAAGAAGAUCUAGUCAUUCUAAGGAGAGGGGAGAUCUUAAAAAAGAUAAAAGAUCGAGUAGUAGAAGCAAGGAACGUUUGGAAAGUAGGGUGAUCAGAACCAAAGAUAAACGUUACCGUGAAGAUCGAUCAUAUAGUAGAAGCAAAGAGCAGAAGCGUCGUUCUUAUAGCAGAAGUAAUGAAAGGGGAGAGCGAUCCUACAGCAAAGAGGAAAAAGAAAGGUACAGGAAAUUGAGCAGGAGUAAAGAUAGGAAAAGUCGCUCUGCUAGUAGAAGCAAGGGCUCCCCUGAGCCUUUGAGUAGAAGAAGUAAAGAAAAGACUGAAUCAAAAUCAUUUAGUUAUAAAGAUGAAAAAGAUAGUAAGAUUCAAAAUCGAACUAUUGGUGAGUCUCGUUAUAAGGAAAUGAAAGACAAGUUCAGAAAAGAAAAAUCAGUGAGUAGGGAAUCGAGUGAACAACCGAAAAAGUUAGACACAGCCGUUAAAAAUAAACGAGAAUUGUCGGUCAAUGAGGAAGAAAAGAAAAAAUUACUGAAAGAAAAUAAGCGUGAGAGAUCUGAUAGUUCCACAAGAAAAUUACCAUCUCCUUCUAAAAGCCCAAUGCCAAGUAGAUUGGACAAAAAGAAGAGCGUUUCUAAAGAAAAAUCUCCUACAAAAGAUAAAGUAAAAUUGGAGAAGAAUAAAACUGGAAGGAGGUCGAGUUCGAGGUCUAGUUUAAGUUAUUCUCCUGUUGAAAAGUAUCCAGAGAGGUACAAAGAAAUCUUGAAGCCAAAGCCAGUUGUUAGGCUACAUGAUUCAAGUGGGGAAGAAGAAGCUGUUGGUAGUGAGCGAGAAUUAGAACAAGAUGUAACUGAAAAGGAAAUGGAAUCCUUGAAGAAGUUGAAAUCAGGGCUGGCUGCUAAGGCAAAGGAGAGCCUUGAGAAAGCAGCUGCUGUUGCGGUGAAACCUGAGUCUGUCUCGAGCCCUGAUGUCACCCCUCCUAGGAAAGAGGACAUGUCGCCCAUUGAUAGGACUGCCCUGGCCUCCCCUACUGUGCGUAGGAAUAGGAGUCGCUCAUCAGACUCCUCAUCUAGUUCUGGGUCCUCUUCAUCAUCAUCUUCGUGAGUAAAGAUUUACUUCAAUAAAUAAAUUUAUAAACCAGAAAUAAAAAACUUCAUUA